CACUGCAUGAACUGAGCUCAAGACGCACCUGUGUGAAGCCGGGCGGGGGUAUUUUUUUGUUUCUUUUUUUAAAGCCACUUUUCAUUUAAAAAAAAAGGAUUUCCUUCGACCGCCAAAACGGAAGACUUACAGGUAAACUUGUCACUAUCUAGUCUGGAAAUGGAGCUGAAUAAUAUAAAGUCUUCAGCUGAACUCAUGUAUGAUAGCUUCAUCCAAAAUGCAGACUCUCGGACUGGAAACUGGCUGCUCAUGUCGUCUCCCGUACCCCAGACCGUCAUCAUCAUGGCGUACAUUUACUUUGUCAUGUCGCUGGGGCCUCGCUUCAUGGAGAAUCGCAAAGCCUUUGACCUCAGGGGAGUUUUGGUGGCUUAUAACUUCGGCGUGGUGGCGCUGUCGCUCUACAUGUGCUAUGAGUUUAUCAUGUCAGGAUGGGGAACAGGAUACUCCUUUCGCUGCGACCUGGUCGACUACUCCAACUCACCACAAGCUGUCAGGAUGGCGGCAACGUGCUGGCUUUACUACUUCUCUAAGUUCAUUGAGAUGUUGGACACAAUUUUCUUUGUGCUAAGAAAGAAAAACAACCAGGUGACCUUUCUUCAUGUGUACCAUCACUCCAUCAUGCCUUUUACCUGGUGGUUUGGGGUGCGCUUUGCCGGAGGUGGUAUGGGGACAUUCCACGCUCUUCUCAACUGUGUUGUCCAUGUAAUCAUGUACUCCUACUACGGUCUGACCGCUAUGGGCCCCAACUACCAGAAGUACCUGUGGUGGAAGAAGUACCUUACCACCAUUCAGCUGAUCCAGUUUGUGAUGGUGACCAGCCACAUCUCCCAGUAUUUCUUCAUGCGAGACUGCCCUUACCAGUUCCCCAUUUUUGUUUACAUCAUCGGCGUGUACGGCCUCAUCUUCCUCUUCCUCUUCCUCAACUUCUGGUACCAUGCCUACACCAAAGGCAAAAGGCUGCCCAAGGUCCUGCAGGCUCAGACCUGGGCACAUCACAGCAAUGGCGUCAUGAACGGGAACGCCAACCACGAGAAAGAUGAGUGAUUAUGAGAGCCUUGGAUCUAUGCUAGUUUGCCAAUUGCAAAAAAAGACAAUCUUUAAAUUUAUAACCAGAGUUAUAUUUAAGCAGUUUGAUCUCUCUUGGGUGUAUUUUAUUUAUAACUGUCGAUGCUAAAGAUAAUUCUUCCUGAAAAUGUCCAAAAAAGUUCAUUCUUAAUCCCUGUAUGGCAUGACUCACUUCAUGACCCCAAACUGUGCAGCCUUCAAACUCACAAUUUUAACAAUUACUGGGAUUUUUUUUUUCAAAUUGAUUGUUGUGGUGCACAAAAACACAAUGCCUAGUAUCAGCUGCUUGGAGUCUCUUUCCUUUCCUUCAAUGAUUCCAGAUCCUGUUCAGGCUGUUAAAUGAUCACAUGUAUGCAGAACUGGGUGCUUUUUUUGUUUUUAACGUCGUUUCACACCACUAUGGCUGGAUUCACAGUUGCUGAUGGUUCAGGUUUCAGUCAAACGUUCCAAUGAAGCUUAUGAAGGGCGAGCCAGGGGGGGAGCUCAUCUUGACCCUGGUGGCCCUUUUUUUUUAUUAUUAUCCAAAAUGUUAUAUGAACGUACGCAUCCUUUUUUGUUUAUUUUUUGCGCUUACUGUGCUGGACGCCCCCGCAAUGUCUUUUAAACUGACUGGGGUGUGUAUCAUCAUGAUCUUAAAAUGAAGCUGAAAAGUGAUGAAACACUGCUCCUUUAUCGCUGAUUGGAGGACACUGGAUCAAGUUUGGAAAUUGUGGAAGAUAACCCGAGACAAGAGGUCGAUCUAAUGAUGCGUUGCCUGUUAAGUGUCCUUAAUUUUCCCCAGUCUCAAUUGUUAACGCUGUUGAAAUUUGUUUAUAUUGUAUUUUAUAUGUAAUUUAUAAUAAAUGAUGUCCAUGUA